CGAAUCCGUUGUGAAAUGUGUUUGUGUAUGUAACCGUUCGACUGGCCUGUCUUCUCCAAGUUAGUUCAAGCUCAUCUUGGAUGCUACACUGUCAAUCUGAUAGCUUCAAAGACUCUUUGUGGCAGGAAAGAUGACCGUUUCGGAUGACGAUCAGGGUGUGUCACUGUACGUUGGUGGUCUCAGUGACAAAGUUACUGAAGAGCUACUCUGGGAACUUUUUGUCCAGGCUGGUCCAAUAAGCAGCAUCAAAUUACCGCAAGACAAUGUCACAAAGAAGCCUAAAACAUUCGCCUUUGUUCAUUAUACCCAUGCCAUCUCGGGUGAAUACGCCGUGGGCCUCUUCAACGAGACAUCCUUGUACGGUCGGAAUAUUGUGGUCCGUGCAUCUCAUCGUAAUACCACUCCUGCUGCUUCGCCGGCUAGUCCGUACACAGCUGCCAAGGCCCAGCUUGCAGGUUUGCAGCAGCAGCUGGUUCAGUCUGUGAAUCUCCAUCCGCAGACGCCCAUGCACAAUAUGCAGUCAGCGUCGUCUCUCUUGGGCACUUACUCAGGUGGUCCUGCCCGCCAGCCAAUGCCGAUACCGUAUCACACGCCGCCGCGGCAUGAUGUGGCCACGCCGUCACCACGAUUAGAGCCUCCGCGCCGCCAUUCUGCGUCCCCGUACACCCCCGAUCGCCAGCAACUGCCGCCCCACCAGCCCCACAGCAGCUCUGUUCACUCGUCAGAUGGACACAGCGGUAGCAGACGCUCCACGGACUACGAUCGGCCGGCAGAGCGGCGGUAUUCCCGGGAUGAUCGAAUGGACCGACGUGAUAGCACUGAGGCCAGCUCUACCAAUCGUGACCGUGGUCAUCCUUCACCAGCCAGUGCCACAUAUCCACAUGCCGAAUCACAUCGCCCGUCACUCGGGUAUGAGGAUCGUCAUCAUGACAGUCGCCGUCCGGAUGAACGACGGUACGAUGAUCGUGAUCGCCGUGCCGACGAUCGUCGCUAUGACAGCCACGAGCCGCCGCAGCACGCACAGCGCAGCGCCUACCAGGCCCCCCGGGACAGCGGUGGGUAUGGUUUCACACCCGACCGGCAGCAGCCCGCCUCGUCUCGCUACCACCCGUACAGCAGUGGACGUCCCGGUGAGCAGCAUCGACACCCGUCGUCGCAGCAGCCACCACAGCCCAGUGCAGCACCAGGCCCACACCGCCAGUACAACAACAGAUACCAAUACUAAGCGCAUGGCGUGUACUUGUCUAGUACUGCUCUAGUUGUGUUGGAAUCCAGGCACGGGGAACGGGCAUGUCUUACUGGCUUCUAUGCUUUGUUGGAAGCUCUCUUUAUUGGUUUACUUGCCGUCUACAGUCUGCUGUACCGGUGUGAGCAAAGUAUGCCAAUUGCCAUUGACACACUACACCUGCUGCGUAUUGGCCUGUGCCGAUCGCAACUGCUAGAAACUGCGUGCCCGCUUGGCAGUCGGUGCAGAAAUCCGCCAACCCAUCACCACUGGCCAUAGCCAGUGCAGUAAUAAUGUGGACACACAUCAAUCUCUUCAGACAGACUCUCGCUGUCUCAGUGCUCAGUUGUUAUUUAUAUUAUAUGCAUUAUUCUUUCUCAGAUACACGCAAUAUGGCAUUUCUGUCUGAAAUUUGUACGUCAAAGUAACAACAGCCUUCAUCCAUUGUCUUGUCUAUUCUGAAAUUUGUUUCCUCUCAUUUGUAAGUAUAAAUACAAUCAUGUUCGUGGUUGAGUUACACAUCGACAGUACGAAACCCA